AGCGGUGCCUCUCGACGCGGAGAACUACAACUCCCAGCAGCCCCAUGAACACUGGGGCAAAAGGGGGGCUAGCGUCACGUGGAUGCUCUGCCUGGGCGGGCUAUUUCUCAGUGCAGCGGCGGCGGCUCGGGGGACCGGGGCCUUUUGUUCGGAGCGGCUGAGGGGGGCCCCGGAGCGGCGAGGCCGGCGGCCUUCCCCAGCGCGCUCGGUCCCGGUCGCCCCUCGCGGGGGUGGGGGGCCGCCUCCUGGGCCGGGCGUCGCCCCAGGCGCCGCUGCCCCGCCCUAGGCCCGCCCCGCCCGGCCUGAGGGGAGGAACCGGCCGGGCCUCGCGGCGCGGCCCUGCCAGCUCCGAAGUCGCCGCCGCUCUUCCCCGUGCUCCGGACCCGAGGCUUCCCCUCGCCCCUCAGGCCGACGCCAUGAAGAUCAAGGAUGCCAAGAAACCCUCUUUCCCAUGGUUUGGAAUGGACAUUGGGGGAACUCUAGUAAAGCUCUCAUAUUUUGAACCUAUUGAUAUCACAGCAGAGGAAGAACAAGAGGAAGUUGAGAGCUUAAAAAGUAUUCGGAAAUAUUUGACUUCUAAUGUAGCAUAUGGAUCCACUGGCAUUCGGGAUGUACACCUUGAACUGAAGAAUUUAACACUUUUUGGCCGAAGAGGGAACUUGCACUUUAUCAGAUUUCCAACCCAUGACCUGCCUACUUUUAUCCAAAUGGGAAGAGACAAAAACUUCUCAACAUUACAAACGGUGCUAUGUGCUACAGGAGGUGGUGCUUACAAGUUUGAAGAAGAUUUUCGCACAAUUGGAAACCUCCACCUGCACAAACUGGAUGAACUUGACUGCCUUGUAAAGGGCUUGUUGUAUAUAGAUUCUGUCAGUUUCAAUGGACAAGCAGAGUGCUAUUAUUUUGCUAAUGCCUCAGAACCUGAGCGAUGCCAAAAGAUGCCUUUUAACCUGGAUGAUCCCUAUCCAUUGCUGGUGGUGAACAUUGGUUCAGGAGUCAGUAUUUUAGCAGUCCACUCCAAAGAUAACUAUAAACGAGUGACUGGGACAAGCCUUGGAGGGGGUACCUUUCUGGGUUUAUGCAGUUUAUUGACUGGCUGUGAAAGUUUUGAAGAGGCCCUUGAAAUGGCAUCCAAAGGCGACAGCACCCAAGCUGACAAACUGGUCCGUGAUAUUUAUGGAGGAGAUUAUGAAAGAUUUGGUCUACCAGGUUGGACUGUCGCGUCUAGUUUUGGAAAUAUGAUUUAUAAGGAGAAGCGAGAAUCUGUUAGUAAAGAAGAUCUGGCAAGAGCUACUUUAGUUACUAUCACCAAUAAUAUUGGCUCUGUGGCACGAAUGUGUGCUGUUAAUGAGAAAAUAAACAGAGUUGUCUUUGUUGGAAACUUUUUACGUGUCAAUACUCUGUCCAUGAAACUUUUGGCAUAUGCACUGGAUUAUUGGUCUAAAGGUCAAUUGAAAGCAUUGUUUCUAGAACAUGAGGGAUACUUUGGAGCAGUUGGUGCACUUCUUGGGCUGCCAAACUUCAGCUGAAACAUCAGAAAUUUCUCUGCUAAUGAAUGUCAUCCAAGAGGAACUAAAACCAGAGGCAUUGUAAUUGCAUUAUUUGUCCUUGGGAACCAAAGGAUAAAAGAGUUUCACUAUUCCUGUUAAUUUUUAAAAUGUCAGAAUGGAAAGCUCAUGAAUGCCAUAUUAAAAGAGAGAGCUCUGUAACAUGAAGUAUUGUCGAAGUGUUUUCCCUUCUGUAUAUAGCCAGUGUUCUUUAAAUGCAAUAUAGCCUGAUUAUUGAGCUUCCUCUCAGAAAGAUUUUCUAUUUAUUUUAUGUAGCCAGCAUUGUAGUACUAUAUGCUCCAAGACACGAAUCUUAAAGUCUCAGAAAUGUUUCACUUAUGAAAAAUAAUUGAUUUUGAAUAUUUGUUUUGAAUCCGUUUUAUGCAUUUUGAUUACUAGUGAGCAGACAGUAAUAUACCCAGUAUGAAAAUUUAUUGUAAUGGCAAUCAGAGAUGAUGAUUUUAUGUAAUUUUAGAAAUGUUAAGGCAAUAUUAAUUAUUGUAGUUUUUCUAACACAUCCUCCUCAAAAAAAGCAUGUUCUAUGUGAUCUUUGCCCAGAAGUAUAACUUUCCUCAAAUGCCAUUUAUUUAACUAAAAUACUAUUAUUAUAUGUUACCCUGAAUUUCAGAAUGAAUCUAGGAAAAUGCACCUGUCUGGUGACAUCACACUUUCUGUAUUUUUAAUUUAAUCAAUACGUUGAAAUUUUUGUAUCUUUAAAUUGAAAGUUUACUUAUUUUGUAAUCUGAUGAAGUCCUUUGACUAUUCAAAUGGGAUAUGAUUUGAGUGAAUCAAUAGUUCUGUGCUGUUUUUACCACUAAAUUAUCAUGCCCAAAGUUAACACAUUGCUUAUUCAAUAUGAACAAUGAAAGCUAAAGAUUCUAUUCUAUUACAAACAACAACAGAAUCAUAUUUAUUCUAAAUGGGUGUUUUCAAAUGUUGAGAGUCUGAGGCAGUAUUGCAGAAUUAUAAAAUAAUCAGUGUUUCCUACAUUUGGUAAUAAAAGCAAUUGUAGUUUAAAUUUUUAAAAUUAUUUUGCCUGGAAUUUAUUCUCUAUUUUGAAUUCAUUUUUUUAAAUGUUAUAAAAAUUAUCAGCUUUUACAUUGGCAGUAACAUUUUGGUGGCUCAGUAGUUCAGUGAUGUUGUUAAAGUCUGUUGCUAUCAGUUUGGAAAGUGGAAAGACCUGGGGGGAUGGGAUGAUUCACCUCUGUACAUUACCAGCAAAUCUGGAUAUACUUAGAAGACUUUAGAUGUUAAAUUUCAGAGUGUUACCAUGUGUUUUUACAGAUCCCAGAGUUGUUCAGUAGACUGUCAAGAGAUAAUUCAUGAGGAUAUUUUUCCAUGUGCUUUUCACAUUUUGUACUCAAACAUUUAAAAUUCAGUUUACCUAAAGACACAAACAUAUGAAUAAUAAUAGUAUUUGUGGGGUGGGCAUGGGAAAGAUCUUGUUGUAAUUUUGACUUUUCAGAGCUUUGAAUUCAGAUUGCUCAGUAGCCAUUCUAAAGAUGUUCUGACCACAUUUCUUGCUUUAAUGUUUCCCUUGGCGUGACUGGCUGUUUCAGCUGAAAUGCCAUUGAGUUCAUUUUAAAUGUUUCUAAUUUGGGUGUUUGUACAGAUAACAAUAUUCCCAAAUGACAGUUACUACAUUUUAUACCUGUAGGUUUAGUGCAGCCUUUAAGAAAAAAUGGGAUGGUCAUAAUGUUUAAGUUAAUUUGAUCACUGUACUUUGGUUAGUAUAGGACCAUGAUUCAUAACAUUUUAUCCUUUGAAACUGAAAUUACCUGCUAAAAUGCAUGUGAAGUGAGCUACCAUCUCACCACUAUUGAUCUUUGGCUUUUUCCAUAUGUAAUAUAGAAUAACUGGAUUGAUAAGGGGGAAUGCACAAAAGUUGCUGAAGCUGGCCUCAAACUUGUAAUCCUACCACUUCAGCCUCCAAUCACUGGGAUUGUAGGCAUUAUAACACCAUGCCUGACUUAAACCUUAUUUUCUAGUGAUUUUAAAAGGUAAGAAGCAAAUGAAAAUAAUUUUGUGUUUUUAUUUAACAGUAUAUCCAGUAUGUUAUUUCAACAUGUACUCAAUUAAAAAUAUAUUGGGUUUUCUUUUUUAAUCUUCAGUGUUCAAAGUCUGUGUGUAUUUUACACUUAAGCAAAGCUCAGUUCAGACUGACCACAUUCCAAAUGUUUAGUAGCCACACAUGGGUAGUGGCCACUGUAAUGGAUGUGCAUUUCUAGAACUACCUCUUAAAACUGAAUACUAUCGUAUGUCUUUGUGGGCAUUUUAAGAAUGUUUGAGGAGGAGAAUUUUUUUAAAUAGAUAGGGAUUAAAAAUAACUUGUUUGGGCUAGAUUGUGUAAGAUGAGCUGUUUCUGACCACCCCAGAAAUAUCUUACAUUUGAUAUCCUGUUAUCUCAGUUUAGUAUGAUUUUCCUAAUGGUACUGAUAAAGCAAAAUUUAUGAUUAGGUGACUUAAUAAACUAUUUCAUGGUUGACCUGCUACAUACAGAAGGUAUAACUUUUUGAGUUUAAAUUUCAUCUUUAAAAAUUCUAGAUCCAGGUACGGUUGCUUGUGCCUAUAAUCCCAGUUACUCUGAAAACUGAUGGGGAAGAUUGUGAGUUAAGGUUAGCCUAGGCAAUUCAGCAACUUCCUAUCUCGAAAAAACAAAAAGCUGAUAACUUUUUCAAAUGCAGAGCACACUGUCAGUUUGUUUUGGGCCUUGGUAAAGAAUAGCAGAUCUAGGUCUAGAAAUUUUGUCCUCUACCAGUCCCCCAGAAAGCAUUUCCUUUUCUCUAGAAACUAGUUAGAAUUAAUGGCUUUCAGUUUUAUACCUAGACAUCUCCAAAGACAAAGUAUUAGUAGACUUGCCACAGGUAAAUUAACUUGGCAGUUCUUUGCUCGGCCUUUCUAAUUUAAAUAGGAAAAUAGGUCGGCUCUUGUUUGGGUAAAGUCAGUGACCUUGCCAAUGAUACACGUGAUUAUUGAAGACCUGUCCAGAGGUUCCAGUUAUUUGCUAAAGAGACUAAAAAAUCCUGAGUUAUAAAUUUUUAUCUUUGAAAAGUACAUAUGUAAUUGCUGUAUUUUAAGUGCCAGUUCCUGGAAGACCAGUCCCAUGGGUGGAAUGCUGGCAGUUCAUGGGAAGCUUUUCCUCUUUUUCCAGUAGUCCAUUACUUAUAAGGUUGCAUUCUUGGGUGGCCGGAUUUCCUAAAUGUCCUUUACAACCACUCUGUUAGAAACAAAUGUUUUCAUAUUUAGUGUUAUUGAUCUUAAUUCUGUUGAGCAUUUUAUGCUUUUUUGGUGUAUUGCUUCGGAGAACUUAAUGUAGAAAACUUUUAAGCCAUUGUAAAACCUGGUAAAGGGAUAAUGAAAAUGAGUGUAUAUCAUUUUGCGUUUAACUAUUGUCUUGUGGUGUAUGUAAACAAAAUAUUAGAAAUACAUUGCCUUUUUGUAAUCAUAUUUUUUGACCUUUUUAACAUGAUUGCCAUGAAAUGUCAGUGGUGUCUUAUUUCCAGCUAAGUUUGUUUAUUCUGGCAUGUUUUAUUCUGUCACUGAAGAAGUUAGCCAACUUUCUGUCAUCAGAUAAUCUUAGUCUAUAUUAACUGCCAGUGUUCAAUAUUUAAGAGAAUAAUUGUCUUAAAUACUCUACUGAGCCUAAUAAUAAUCAGUAAAGAGCCUAAAUAAUUUUUUUCUUUUAAGUAUUUUAAUAGCCCAUUCAAAAUACUGAGGAGGUGAAAAGUGAAAAGCUUUUCUGCUAGGAUGAUUUCUACUUCUAAAAAGUUCAGCUGUCUUCUUAAAGUGGUCCUGUUGCUUGCAGCAUUUGCAUUAUGUAUUUAGUGGAUGUGGAAUCAAAAUUUGUUAUGAUUGCAAAAAACUGUUCUAGUCACUGGUCUAACCUCUUGCAAUUUGUCAAAUUAGAGAAUUGGGUUGUUGACAAUGGGAAAUGCCUCAUUAUCAGGAUCCUGAGAAGAUACUUGCUUCCUUCAUGGCAGUAUUGGGGAUGACUAAAACAAUAUUUUCAGAUAUUUGGUAUUAUGUUUUUGAGUUAAUUUUUAGUGCUUACAUAAUAUUUUUGUAAUUGGUACAUAAUUUUUAUUGGUACGUGUUGACAGGUAUUAGGUUUGGGAUUCUCGCCAAACCAAUGAAAUGAUACUCUCAUAAUGUUAUGUAACUGCCUAUAAUGGCUAGGUAGAUAUUACCUUAAAGUAUGUGAAGGGUUUAUAUAUGUUAAAGUAUGUGUAUACACUUCAAAAUUAUAUGGGCAUUAUUAUUCACUAUAUGAAAAGAAAAACAUACCAUUAAUAUUCAUAGGACAGAGGAUAUAGACCCAUAGUACACAUGCCUGGCAUGUAUGAGACCCUGGAUUCAGUCCCCAGUACUGAAUUGGGAGGAGGCUUCCAUGCCGUUAAACUCAUAGAUGUUGAAAUAUUAGAUAUAAUUGGGAAGAUUUGUUUAAUGAUCCUCUUGAGCUUUUUGUAGUUGGUUGGUGGAUUUUGGUUUUGGUUGUUUUCUUUAGUGGGAACAAAUGUGGAUGAAUAUGAACCCUUCUGGAUUCAUCACUUUUGUCCAACACAAUUCAGAGCAAAAAUUAUAAAUCAGGUUUGAUUGUUGGCAAGUAAGUUGAAAUGGAUUACAAUCUUCUCUAUAGCAAAUAUGUUGAAGACCUAAAAUACUUUGUCUGUAGAAUUGUCUUGAGAAUGACUAGAUAAGACAUGAUUGUGACAUUCCUACUUUGCUAGUUUAGAAUAAAAGUGGCAGUGAGCUGACACUGGAGUUUCAGGUACUUCCGUUAGUUCUGAAUGAUAUGUUUAGCUAAAAGUUGAUUUCUUUUUUCUCAUAAGAAGAUUUAAGAUAUCUUGAUUUACUUUCUAGCUCCUUUUGUAGUCAAAGGUUAUUUUUUCUUACAGAUCUUACAGUAGCAACUGUCAUUAAUUUUGUGUUUAAAAGAAGUAAUGAGGAAUGUAUAUUUCAACAAAGUAAGGUUAAAAAUAAAAUUUUUGAAUUGUUUAUGCAAAUAAUUCAAUUCUAGGAUAUUUCCUUUUUUUUUUUUCUUUUUGCUAUUUCUAAGCAUCUUUCAUAUGUUGCAGUACAAAAAGUUCCAGUAGCUUUCAAAGGAAACAUUUUAGCUCUUACAUGAUUUGUAAGGUAUAUCCAAGAAAUGUAAAAUAGAUUGAGGUUAUUUUAGCUUUACAUCAUGUCAGAAUUUCGUCUAGAUAGCCUAGCAACUCAGUAGUUACCACAGAUAUUAAGCCAUUUUGAAGUUUGCCACUUUUUUCCUGAGUGGCCCCUUAUAGUUUACAACAUUUAGAAGGGAAAGCUAACUUUACAGACCUAACAUCAAUAUUCUAAUCUCCUUGUUCCAAAUAUGAUUAAUGCCAUUAGGCUGUAAGUAAUAUUAAGAUGGCUUUAUCAUUUUUAUACAUUGUGUGCAUUUACUUUUUUUAUUUGAACUACAGUGAACUCUGACAUUUUAACUGAAGUUGAACGGCAUUUGUCUUAAUUCUGCUCAGUUAAUGACCACAUUGUUAUCUAGAAGACGUUUUGGGGACUGGAAAUGUAGCUCAGUUGUAGAGCACUUGCAUAGCAUUCAAAAGGACCCAGAUUCAAUCCCUGGUACCAAAAAUUAAAAGCAGAUGCUUUUAUAUUCCAGUUUAGGAAAUGUUUAGUUUGGGGAUUAAUUGUACUUAAGCAUACCAUUUCAACUUGAGUUGCCUUAUUCUGUCUCUUGCAUUAUUCUUGUCAGAUCUAAGCUUUUUCAUGUCUAAAUUCUUUUAACAUUGAAUCUGUGAUGUAAAAAAUGUAUGAUGUGCUACAAAUUUUAUGCAUAAUAAACUAAGUUAUAACCUGCUGUAACCUGUAAAACAUUUCUUGUAAAUUAUGUAACUUAUUUUUCCAUUUAUGUACAGUUUCUUAUGUAAAUUUAAAAAAUAUUUGUUGUGGCCUGUUCUGUAAACAUUCCCAUACUCUUCCUUAAUGCUUCUUUGCAUGAAAUAUUGAAUUUUGCUUAUUUAUUUGAUAAUAGCCAUUAAACCAACUUAAAUGUUUCUCCCUUUUCUGUAGUUUUUCUAAUUUUGUUAAAUUCUAAAUUGUACCUUUUAUGUCCUACUUUCCAAAUAAAUUCUCUUAAGUUGUUUACUAUAUGUAUCUCUUUAUUAUUUGUCUUAUUAUAUGUACUCCCAUAUUUCCUCUGUAAUUAAAUGUAAGGUGGUGGUUUUCACUGAAAUUAACCAUAUUAGAAUGUAAACUGAGAGCAAGGACUUUGUAAAGACUUGUUCACCUCUGUAUGUCCAGUACCUGGUGCAGAGAAGCAUUCAAUAAAUAAACACCUAUUGAACAAAU